AUGGUGUAUCCGGCGCGGCCAUAUAAGCCGGCCCAACCGGGGCCAGUUCACUCCCAUCGUCUCUCCCUUCCUUCGCCCACUGCACUCCCACUCCUACGCUUCCCCGCCUCGAUCGCCAUUCCGUCGAGCACAUCCCGGGCGACGCAGGCGGCCAUGGAGGACGGCGGCGCGAGGGCUGCCGCGGUGCAGAAGCUGAUGGCGGCCAAGGCCAAGUCCGGGAAGAGCUUCUCCGACAUCGGGGCCGAGACGGGGCUCACCAACGUGUAUGUCGCGCAGCUGCUGCGCCGCCAGGCGCAGCUCAAGCCCGACACGGCGGCCGCGCUGCGGGCGGCCAUCCCGGCGCUCACCGAGGAUCUCGUGGAGCUCAUGAUGCAGCCGCCCUUCCGGUCCUACAACCCGAAAAUGGUCCACGAGCCCGCCAUAUACAGACUGAAUGAAGCUAUCAUGCAUUUUGGAGAGAGCAUCAAGGCAAUCAUCAACGAGGACUUUGGUGAUGGAAUCAUGUCGGCUAUAGACUUCUACUGUACAGUCGACAAAGUUAAAGGGGCUGAUGGAAAAGACCGUGUGGUGCUCACAUUUGAUGGGAAGUAUCUGCCUCACACUGAACAGAAAGCCGCGAAUAUGAUGUCGAAGUUGCCCUGCAAGGCACCUUGA